GUGCGGGACAGCUGGCGCCGGCCCCAGCUGAGGUGGCGGAGGCGGCGGCAGCGGUGGCCGUCCCGGAGCGAGCUGUGCUGCAGGGAGCGGCAGCAGCCGCCAGCCCUGCACAGAAGAACCUCUGCUGCCAACCUUGCCUCACUUUUGGAAAUGGCCGGUGAAAUCACAGAGACCGGGGAGCUCUAUUCUCCUUAUGUUGGGCUGGUGUACAUGUUUAACCUCAUCGUGGGCACAGGUGCGCUCACCAUGCCCAAGGCCUUCGCCACUGCCGGGUGGCUUGUCAGCCUCAUCCUGCUGGUGUUCCUGGGCUUCAUGAGCUUCAUGACCACCACCUUCGUGAUGGAGGCCAUGGCAGCAGCCAACGCACAGCUCCGCUGGAAGAGGAUGGAAAACCACAAGGAGGAGGAAGAUGACGACUCCUCCACAGACUCAGACAGUGACGUUCUCAUCCAGGACAGCUACGAGCGGGCAGAGAAACGGCCCAUCCUGUCUGUGCAGAGACGUGGAUCUCCCAACCUUUUUGAAAUCACAGACCGGGUGGAAAUGGGCCAGAUGGCCUCCAUGUUCUUCAAUAAAGUGGGAGUGAACUUGUUCUAUUUCUGCAUCAUCAUUUACCUGUAUGGGGACCUGGCCAUCUAUGCUGCAGCUGUGCCCUUCUCCCUCAUGCAGGUGACCUGCAGUGCCAUUGGCAACGACUCCUGCGGCGUGGAGGCAGACACCAAAUACAACGACACCGACCGGUGCUGGGGGCCCCUGCGUCGCGUGGACGCCUACCGCAUCUACUUGGCUGUCUUCACUCUCCUCCUCGGACCUUUCACCUUCUUUGACGUCCAGAAGACCAAGUACCUGCAGAUCCUCACCUCUCUGAUGAGAUGGAUCGCCUUCGCCGUCAUGAUCGUGCUGGCGCUGGUCCGCAUCGCGCACGGCCACGGGGAGGGGCACCCGCCCCUGGCCGACCUCUCUGGGGUCCGGAACCUGUUCGGGGUGUGCGUGUACUCCUUCAUGUGCCAGCACUCGCUGCCGUCCCUCAUCACCCCCGUCUCCUCCAAGCGCCACCUCACGCGGCUGGUGUUCCUGGACUACGUGCUGAUCCUGGCCUUCUACGGCCUCCUCUCCUUCACCGCCAUCUUCUGCUUCCGCGGGGACAGCCUCAUGGACAUGUACACACUCAACUUCGCACGCUGUGAUGUCGUGGGCCUGGCCGCCGUGCGCUUCUUCCUGGGCCUCUUCCCCGUCUUCACCAUCAGCACCAACUUCCCCAUCAUUGCCGUGACCCUGCGCAACAACUGGAAGACGCUCUUCCACCGCGAGGGCGGCACCUACCCGUGGGUGGUGGACCGUGUCGUGUUUCCCACCAUCACCCUCGUGCCCCCCGUGCUCGUGGCCUUCUGCACCCACGACCUGGAGUCCUUGGUGGGCAUCACGGGCGCCUACGCGGGCACCGGCAUCCAGUACGUCAUCCCCGCCUUCCUGGUGUACCACUGCCGCAGGGACACCCAGCUGGCCUUCGGCCACGGGGCCGCCAACAAGCACAGGUCCCCUUUCCGCCACACCUUCUGGGUGGGCUUCGUGCUGCUCUGGGCGUUCUCCUGCUUCAUCUUUGUCACAGCCAACAUCGUCCUCAGUGAGAGCAAGCUCUGACGGCAGGA